GCCCGCUUCCCGGAGCCCACGGGGAGCCGCUCGCUGGUCCUCCCGCCCCGGCUCCGGCUCCGGUCCGGAUAAGACAUUAAUGCUCCGUGCGUGAGGCGAGGGGGCGUCUGGGCGCUUGGGUCGCCGCUUUCUCUCCAGGCUGCAGACGGUGGCAAGCCGACAUGGGCUGCUUCUGCGCUGUUCCGGAAGAAUUUUAUUGCGAAGUUUUGCUCCUGGAUGAAUCCAAGUUAACCCUCACUACCCAGCAACAGGGCAUCAAGAAGUCAACGAAAGGUUCCGUUGUCCUUGACCAUGUAUUCCGUCACAUAAAUCUCAUGGAGAUAGAUUAUUUUGGGCUGCGUUACUGUGACAGAAGCCAUCAGACGUAUUGGCUGGAUCCUGCAAAAACGCUUGCUGAACACAAGGAACUGAUCAACACUGGGCCUCCAUAUACUUUGUAUUUUGGUAUCAAAUUCUAUGCUGAUGAUCCAUGUAAACUGAAAGAAGAAAUAACCAGAUACCAGUUUUUCUUGCAGGUGAAGCAAGAUGUCCUUCAGGGCCGGCUGCCCUGCCCUGUCAACAUUGCUGCUCAGCUGGGAGCAUAUGCCAUCCAGUCUGAACUUGGAGAUUACGACCCUUACAAGCACACUGCAGGCUAUGUAUCAGAGUAUCGGUUUGUUCCUGAUCAGAAGGAAGAACUUGAAGAAGCCAUAGAAAGGAUUCACAAGACUCUAAUGGGGCAGGCUCCCUGUGAAGCUGAGCUGAAUUACUUGAGGACGGCCAAGUCCCUAGAGAUGUAUGGCGUUGACCUCCAUCCUGUCUGUGGAGAAAACAAGUCUGAGUAUUUCUUGGGAUUAACUCCAGUUGGUGUUGUUGUCUAUAAGAACAAGAAGCAAGUGGGGAAGUAUUUCUGGCCUCGGAUCACAAAGGUUCACUUUAAGGAGACUCAGUUUGAACUCCGGGUACUGGGAAAAGAUUGCAACGAAACCUCAUUCUUUUUUGAAGCUCGAAGUAAAACCGCUUGCAAGCACCUCUGGAAGUGCAGUGUAGAACAUCAUACAUUUUUUAGAAUGCCGGAAACAGAAUCAAAUUCAUUGUCAAGAAAACUUAGCAAAUUUGGAUCCAUAAGCUAUAAGCACCGCUACAGUGGCAGGACAGCUUUGCAAAUGAGCCGAGAUCUUUCUGUCCAACUUCCCCGGCCUGAUCUGAAUGUGACGAGAAGUCGAAGCAAGACCUAUCCUAAAAGAAUAGCACAAACCCAACCAGUUGGAUCAAACAGUAUAAACCGGAUAACUGUAAAUCUGGAAAAUGGAGAGAAUGAAGGAACAACUAAAAUUAUUGCGCCUUCACCAGUGAAAAGCUUUAAGAAAGCAAAGAAUGAGAACAGCCCUGAUACCCAAAGAAGAAAAUCUCAUGCCCCGUGGGAAGAAAAUGGCCCCCAGAGUGGACUCUACAAUUCUCCCAGUGACCGCACUAAAUCACCAAAGUUCCCCUAUACUCGUCGCCGAAACCCCUCCUGUGGAAGUGACAAUGACUCUGUGCAGCCAAUGAGGCGACGGAAAGCCCAUAACAGUGGUGAAGACUCAGAUCUAAAGCAGAGGAGGAGGUCACGCUCGCGCUGUAACACAAGCAGUGGUAGUGAAUCGGAAAAUUCUAAUAGAGAGCACCGGAAAAAGAGAAACAGAACACGACAGGAAAAUGAUAUGGUUGAUUCAGCACCUCAGUGGGAAGCUGUAUUAAGGAGACAAAAGGAAAAAAACCAAGCGGACCCCAACAACAGGCGAUCCAGACACAGAUCUCGCUCGAGAAGCCCUGAUGUCCAAGCAAAAGAGGAGUUAUGGAAACAUAUUCAAAAGGAAUUGGUAGAUCCAUCUGGAUUGUCAGAAGAGCAAUUAAAAGAGAUUCCUUACACUAAAAUAGAGACUCAGGGUGACCCAGUCCGAAUCAGGCAUUCUCAUUCACCACGAAGUUACCGCCAAUAUCGAAGGUCCCAGUGUUCAGAUGGAGAGCGAUCAGUUCUCUCAGAAGUGAAUUCAAAGACAGAUUUGGUACCACCUCUUCCUGUGACCCGUUCUUCAGAUGCUCAGGGUUCUGGUGGCUCUACUGUUCAUCAGAAAAGAAAUGGGUCUAAAGACAGCCUGAUUGAAGAAAAAUCUCAGUUAUCUACAAGCAAUCUGGUUGGAAAGCACACAGCAAAAACAGUGAAAACUAUUCAAGCUGCCCGUCUCAAGAUAGACACUUGAACUUAGUGAAGAGCCAGCAAUGGGUUGGGAGGGGUGUUAUCACUGGUACUUUUGAAACUGUGAAUUAGGUAAUUAAGCAAGUAUUUUGGACCUGUGUCUCCUGAGUACAAAAAGCAUCCUUUACUUCUUUUAAAGAUUUACAUCAUACUUGAGUUGAAUGAUCUUUGCAUUAUAACUGGAAGGACAGUCUUGUAAACUUGAUGUUGCCUCUUCCUUUCUGAAACUGGAUACCAGCCAUCUAUUAUCUGCCUACAAGCACCACCAGAUGCUUCUAUUAAUCAGCCUCCAGGACUCCUGACCUGCAGCUGGCUUUUGCUCUUGGCAAUAGAAUGCCAAGUGGGCAGAAAGUGAUCUCCCCAGCUCCAGGUAGUUUAAAACUAGUGCUCCACACAGAGGCAUUAACUUUUGGACUGUUAUUAUUCACAUGAAGCUCCCUGUUCUAUU